AAUUGCUCAAACACACUUUUUGGGAGACGAUUACCUUCGAUUUAGGGUUCAUCAGCAUCUGUUUUGAUUUGCUCUCUUCAAGGUUGAAUUUAGAUAUGUCAGUGAAAGCGAGAAGAAUCUCCGGUAGAUUAGAGACUGUAGUAGCUAAACCAACCUACGCAUUCGAUCCCGUAGACGAUGACAAAAUCAUAAGAAACCGUCUCCUCACCCGAACCACCACCACACGAGGCGAACCUCCUCUCAAAAAGCUUCAAAAGAAGUUCACUUCCUUCGUCCUCGAAGUAGACAAAGAAGAAGACAACUACAACGAAUGCAAUCGCCUCGCGAAAGCCUUCUUACAGGAGCUGACUACGUUCGAGAUCCCGCUUUUGAAGAGCCAGGCGGUUGUGGAAGCUAACAUCAGGGAGAAAGAGAGCUUCAACGAGGUGAAGGAUGAGACGGAGAGGCAGAUUACGCAGGCGAAGGCGGAGAUUGAGGAUUUGAAGAAGCAGCUUGAGGAGAGUAAGAUUGAGAGGCAGCAUAAAGAAGAGUGUGAGACUAUUAGGAAGCUUAUCUCCGCGCAGCCGCCGAGGUCGGAGACGGAGAAGGUUAUAUGUGAGCUGAAGAGAGAGAUUGCUGAGCUUGAAGCUGAGAGUACUGCAAGCUGGAGGUUGCUUGAGUUGAGGAAGAAGCAGUUUGCUCUCUUGUUGCAUGUGGUGGAUGAGUUGCAGAAUACAAUGGAAGAUGAGCAGAAGAGUUUAAUGGAUGAGAUUCGGACAGCCGUGGAAGAUCAGAGGAACAUACCCGAGCCCAUGUCUGUGGAUUAAAGAUCCCAAAGUUGGAUAACCUUCAAGUGUCUGCUUUGUCAAAUGUAGUCUACUUUCGUUUGGUGGGGGUUUCUAUUUUUGUUGUCGAGAAUUUUUCUUAAAAGUGAUUGAAUAUUUCAUGUUUCCUGCAAAAUCGUUAUCCACAAGCAAUGCUUAGUGUUAAAUUUAAAUCAUUAAUAAAAAUUAAUAGUGAGACCGAC